CUCUCUUUCUUUCAUCAUCAGAGGAGGGAGAACAUCGACACACAAACACGACUUGAUUCACGGCGAUCUAACUCUCUGACUUUUCAGAAAUUGUACCGAGUCUUGGAUAUCUCCGACAUCAACGGACAGCAGACCCCUGUUUGCUGAGUCAUUCCGGCCGUGAAGGAUCAGUCUCCUCCGUACAGUCUGGAACCCCGAAUUCCUGACCACCCCCUGCGCUCUGCCGCAAUACAUUCAAGCCCAUAUCUCUCUCGCGCGCUCUCAGCUUCCAUUCUAUCGACGCCCGCGGACGGACGACGCACUGUCAGGUAGACGGCGAUUGGCCGCUGACCGCGCAUGCAAUCUUAAGCCUUUCCUUCAGCGGACAUUUCAGGAAGACUGGACUCAGCGGCACGGCACCAGCAUCCCGUUAUCUAUUAGCUGUACCUACUGGUGGUUCUGCCCCUCUCACAGCUCCUCCAGCACCGUAUUAUCCGGCUGUCCCGAAACGAAACCGAGCGUCGCUGACAAGAGGGGACAAGACUCUUCGUGUUGUUGGACUUUCCUGCGCGCCUGCAACUGCGACUGCGACUGUGUGUGUGCCUUGCCUGCCCUUGCACACUGCUGUCUGCUUGCCUGCCCGCCCGCGCAGUCUUACAUGCCUUACGGUAUCUACCUACCUACCUCCGAAGGCGCGCGGUCCUCAUCAGAGGUCGCAGGUAUUAUUAACUUGCUGGCCCCGACGGAACCCAACCAGCCAUGCCUUCCAUGAAACAUGGCUUCCUUAAGUAAGCCUCUAUUUGCUCCUUUCUCCGAUUCGUUCUCCUCCAUCAUCCGUCCCAUGUCGAGCUGAUUUUUUGCCGGCGUUGUUGUCCUUAUUGUAUUCUCCUUAUUUCACCUAAACAUACCAACGCAUUCCUUGUGACCACGUGGUUUGCCUAGCCCUCCGCUCACCUGUACCUCACAUAAGGCUGAGAUCUCACUGAGACAACCCCAGAGAGAGCUUGGUGGCCUUUUCUCGUCACGUCCAGCCUUACCUAUUCUAUUCGAUUUUGCUGUGUAACCAACAAUCUCAUCAUUCCCAUGUCUCUCCCUUGAAAGCACCUCUUGUUGGGGCCCGGGGCUUUUCGGUCCCCGCCUCGUUUUGCUUCUACUCUUGUCUCCGUCGUUAUCAGUUGCGCUGAGCGUGAUCGGAUCACUCGCUCAAAAUGAGUCCCCUAAAGAGCAUGGCUAACGGGGGCUUCCUACCCACAGUCAAUAAGAACAGAAAGCCAAAGUUUGAGUUACAUCUAAAGAUCUUCGACUUGAACAACGUCCCGUUGGUAUCAGGGACGUCAAUAGUAAAAUGGAACCUCGCACACUCUAUUCACGCCGAGCACCGCGGCCGCACUCCGCAAUGCCCGAUCUCCAAUCACAAGGUCGAGUAUAACUAUUCCAAGGUCGUCAGCCAUAUCCGGAUCAGCAUCGACAAGAAUAACAACCUGACCGAGUGUCCCGUCGAAUUCGAGGUUCUUCAACAAUUCCCGGGCAGCGGCAGGGAGGAGAAGAUCUCUCUCGGUAUCGUCAAGCUCAACCUCAGCGAGUACGUGGAGGAAAGCGAUGGCCUUACCCGAGAGAGCGCUAGCUUCGACCGCGGUCACUCGCGCAAGCGAAGCAGCGGCACCAGUCAGAGCCCAAUGUCGACGAGGGCGCCGGUGCUGGACGAUCCAGAUGUCGAGGAUGGCAUCGUGCGGCGGUAUCUUAUGCAGGAAAGCAAGAUCAACAGCACAUUGAAGAUCGGCAUUUUGAUGGUGCAGCUCGAUGGCGACAAGAACUACUCUGCGCCUCCUUUGAAAACUGCACCCGUAUUUGGCGGGAUUGCCGGCAUCAUGGCGGGCGAAGCAGUUGAGCAAGAUGACGCUGGACAGCUUCCAACAAUGGCGAAAUCCAGGGAUGCCUCCGAAGUGCAGGACAUGUACCGCCGCGCCCUCGCAGCCUCCUGGUCCUGUCAACCCGGCGAGCUCCCCGCCGAUCAGUGUAUCGAAGACAUCUUUUCCGGCGGCGACGGGUGGCAGGCCGGGCGCACGGGACGCACCGGCAAAAAGACGGCUACCUUUGACCUGGACAACGGCGGCUCUCUGAGCUCCGACGAGGGUGGCAUGAACGGCACCCUCCGACCCUCGGACUUUCGCAAAUUGGAACGGAAGCAGCAGCAGCAACACCAACAGCUGCUGGACCCGCCUCAGCAGGAUCACUUGCACCUGCACCGCCUGCACAACGGCCACCGCCAUCAUUCACGCAACAACAGCGGCUCUAGCGACAGGAGCAUGAGGAGCUUGCGGAGCAUUAAGAGCAUGGCCACCAUCGUUACAGGCCGUGGUGACGCGGCGAGCAGUACCGCCGGCGCGAGCAACGUCGCUCGUCGCGGCUCACAUAGCCGAACCAGGGGUCGGGACGACGACCAACGUCUCGGAGUUGGAGGUGGUGGUGGUGGUGGUGGUGGCGGUAACCGAGGGGGCAUCGGUGCGCGCGAUUACGGGCGCUCGAGGAGCCGCAGCGGCAGCAUGGUGAGCCUGGCGCCGACGAUGGGCAGUAGUGAUCGCGGGCGCGAGAGCUCGAGGAGGAACAGGGAGCUGGAGGAGUUUGACGUCCGUGAUGAUCUCGUCGCGUGGAGGUUGCCUGGUGCUGUCACAUAAAAGGGGGACAGUGCAAUGUGAUUCAAGGACCGCUUUUGCUCUUCGUUCCCUUGUAGCUAGGUGUUUAGUGGGCAGGCGUACAUUUUAUCUUCUUGCAUAGGCAAUGCCUCGUUCUUUCUGAUACUCAUCCCUUGAACUUUUGUCCAAUCAUCAUCCUUGGGGUCGUAUGUAUGUAGUGUCGGCUCGUGGUUUCAGCCUUGCAU